UCCAGGCCGGGCUAGGGCUCUGCGCGCUCGACCCGACCCGUACGGUUGGAGUGGCGAUCGUUGUCCCGGAGACUUGGUUCUCCGUUUCUUUAAAAAAACCCCAGAAACUGAGCACGACCCCGAAGCCUCCUGCAUGGAGGAGACGAGGGUGCAGGCCUGGUGUGAGCCCCUACCUGGACAGACGGAACAAUGCAGAAAGACACCAGCCCACUACUUCCUUUACAUUAUUUUGGCUUUGGCUAUGCAGCUCUGGUGGCUACUGGAGGGAUCAUUGGCUAUGCAAAAGCAGGUAGUGUGCCGUCCCUGGCUGCUGGACUCUUGUUUGGGAGCUUAGCAGGCCUGGGUGCUUACCAACUGUCUCAGGAUCCCAGGAACGUGUGGGUUUUCCUAGCCACCUCUGGGACCUUGGCUGGCAUUAUGGGAAUGCGCUUCUACAACUCUGGAAAAUUUAUGCCUGCAGGUUUGAUCGCAGGCGCCAGUCUGCUCAUGGUUGCCAAACUUGGAAUUAAUUUGCUGAGCACACCACAUCCAUAAGUCACAUGCCAGCUUGGACCCAAGAAGAAGUGAAAAUCUCCAGACUUCCCCUAUUUUCACUGUAUCAAGAGAAAGAUGGGCGGCACUGUCAGCUUUACACAUCGUACUUACACAAGCAAAACAACAAAAAUGACACUGAACUUGGUAGGAGUGGAAUGAGCCAUUAGUAUUACAAUUACAGCCUUUGAGAGGUGGUGAGCCUCUGAUGUAAGAUUCUUUCAUCUGACGUUGGAUUCUUUAAGGGUGUUGUCUUCCCCCGGCUGUACCAGGUGAUGACCACAUGGGGGGGGGGGUUCUAAAAGCCUCAUGUCCUGCCCAGAAGAACAGUGUGAAAAAGUCUUUUGGUGAGAUUUAGGUUGUAUGUUUUUGCUCAUCUGAGAGCACAGCCUUACUAUGAAAUUGUAUUAAAUGAAAUAUCAGUGAAAAUAAAGUGUACUAUAAAUAAAA